GUAUUCUCUUCGGUAAGGGGGAGUCCUGGAAGGUGAUGCGUCGAUUCACCCUCUCCACGCUGCGGGACUUUGGGAUGGGGAAGAAGACCAUUGAGGAUCAGAUCAUCGAGGAGUCCCAGAGAAUGGUGGAGGUCUUCCAAUCCCACAAAGGAAAACCCUUUGACCCCCAAAUCAUCAUCAACUCUGCUGUCUCCAACAUCAUCUGCUCCAUCGUGUUCGGAGACCGCUUCGACUACAGCGACUCACAGUUCCUGAAUCUGCAAAGAAUUGUGAACGAGAAUGUCAGGCUGGGUGUGAGCCCCAAGACACAGCUGUAUAACAUGUUUCCUUUCCUGGGCUUCUUCCUGUCCGAUCACAAGAAGGCUCAUCAAAACGGAACAAUGUUCCAGGGGUACUUUAGAAACAUAUACAAGGAUCUUAAAGACACUGUGGACAGCAAUGACCUGAGGAGCUUCAUCGACACGUUCAUCUCCAGGCAGAGAGAAGAGGAGGCCAGAAACUCCAACAAGUAUUUCCACGAGGAUAACAUGGCCAUCACAUCUGGGAACCUGUUCGCUGCAGGGACUGAGACCACCUCUACCACCCUACGCUGGGGGCUGCUGCUCAUGAUGAAGUACCCGCACAUUCAGGCUCUCCUUCACGGCCUGGACGCCCCCAUCACUGCACACAAACACGUUCACAUCAUCAGCGUGGGCUGA